AUGGUCUCAAAACCUUCAAAAAUGAAAGAAACCGGGGAAGCUGAGGACAUUGUGACCUGUGGCAUAUGUCUUCGACAUUUUGUUGAUCCACGUUUAUUACCUUGUAUGCACACAUAUUGUUUUGGAUGCUUACAAAGCGCAGCUUCGCGUACUAAAGGUGAUUUCAUCUGUCCUCUGGAUAAAACUAUACUUGAGCGAAAUCAGAUUAAUUCAUUACGAGUCAAUUUUGCUAUUCUUGAAAUACUUCAGUCGCUACCAAGAGUGACAUCAAGAAAUUCACAGAAUCCCAAGCCAAAACCGUACAAUGAUAGCAAUGAGACUGAAAAUACCAGUACUUCAGCUGAAUUUGGUGAUAAUGAGGAUCGACAAAUAUUUAUCACUGAUUUACCGGUAAAUAUGCCCGAACAACUUCUGUUCGAUACAUUAUGGGAUGAGUUUAUAACUGUUGGUGAUAUCAAGAUGGAUCAACAAGCAAAACCAUGUAUUCAUUUGUUUAAAAGAGUAGAUAACAAAUAUCCAUUGAAUGGCACGGCAGCAAUUACAUUUCAAAAAGAAGAAUCAGUAAAGAAAGCAAUUGAAAAAUACAACAGAAUACGUGUACGGAGUUUAAAUAAUGCUCAAAUUUUUGUUAGGAAAACAGAAGUGACAAAUAAAAGAUCAUUCACGCCAACGCCGCCACCAGCACCAUUACAAUUACCGAAAAACUCAGGACCAAGACCAAAUACUACGUCCAAAUCCACUGAAAUAAAGAUUUGGGUUCAAUUUGAAGGAUAUCAGGCAACAAGAGUAACAUUGGAUUACACUUCCAUCAUUGAUGAUUUAAUAGGAGUGGCACUCAACGGAGAAGGCCGCAGAAAUGAAUAUCAAGCACAUUAUCGAAAUGGGGAACUAGGGCCUGGAGAACGAAUUCCAUCGGAUACGGAGAGUGAUCAUCCAGUUGUAUUAAGAAAAAUAAUCAUACGUCUGCCAGGAGAUCCGAAUCCAACCGGACCAAAACCGGUACGUAAAUUUUCGAAUGAUUAAUUACAUGUUCUUAGUUUAUUUGCUGAAAGCUCGUUUAAAUAUUAAAGUGAAAGACAUAAGAUUUACUGAAAUAUAGAAAAAAUUAUCCUUCUGAUGCUUCAUAAAACAUAGAUAUUCUUGGAAACACACAGAGUUA